CUCCCUUCAAAACCAAUAGUGAAUAGGGAGGGCUGUUUAAAUUAGCAGCAGUCGCUCAGCUUGGAAUCUGUUUGGGAGUUACCCUACGGCAGGUACAUCGUAUGUGGGGUGUUCCAGAGCAGACGCCAUCGGUUUGUUUAAUGUCUAAAUGAGCCUGCCCUCCAUAAGGAGGUAACUUCUUACAAAGCUGGAGAACCCUGCUCAGACAACUCUCAAAGUGCCAUCAGGCACAAAAAGUCAGCUGAAUCCAUUGCAGCAAGUAGCGCUGAAAGAUAUUAGCAAUGUCCCCAAAAUAAGCGAGGAGCUGCCCACAGGCCCAUGCAAAAGGCGACUGAGUGAUUCAGACAGCUUCAGGUCCUCCUUUUCCUUAAAGUCCAGAUUCAAAAGGGGACGUCUUUCAGAGGCAUCCAAUGAUCGCAUGGAAAGUGGGCGGAAAGAGCCGAUGAUGAUGAUGAAUCUGUACUCCAAGGAGGCUGGUAGUUUCAAGGAUGGGUCUUUUAUAAUAGAUGAAGAAAAACAAAUGACUGGCAUCAGUAAAUUGAGAUGUGUCCAGAAGGGAGAAGCAGAGAGCAAAACCACUAAUAAAAAUCCAAACUCCCCCAGAAAGAACAGCAGCAGUCUUGGUGAUUCUUCUAUACCUUCCAUCUUAGAUGAGGCUUUUCCAAAAAUCAGAGAAGCUUAUGAAAUGUCUGAAGGUACUUCUGUAACAGGAAACAAAUUUUUCAGCACUCCUUUGCCAACUGGCACUAAGGCCAAGAAGAAGCUUACACCUGUAUUGGAAGUGGAUCUUGAGUCCAAUGAGGAUUGGAGUGUUAAUGAAAAAGCUACACCAAAUGUGCGCAUUAAAAAAACUUACAGCAUUGUUGCACAGGAAAGUCCCAUGCAGGCUCCACUGUAUCGAAGUUUCUUUGCUGCAGAAUGUCAAGACAUUGUUGACCAGCUGGAAGGCAAAGAAACAGAAGGAAGAUGUGCAGGAAAGCGAAAGGUAGAAGAGUUGGAUGUGUCCUCCAUUGAUGCAGAACCACCUCCCUAUGACUGCACCCCUAUGAAGUCCAUGCUAGCAUGUGAAGUGGCAAAUAUAAUAAGAUCUUUAGACAGCAGUCCUGCAAAUGAGGGACCUUCUAUGCUUGGAGAUAGUCUUCUUGACCUUGAAAAGCUGGACCUGCAGCUCCAUGACUUUAAUUUAAAAGACAAGGGUAAGCUUUGUGGCAGGAUCCAAGCUUUGAAUAGUUCAACUGAAGGAAUAUUCUUUUUAGGUGAGGGGACAGAUGGGGUGUGCAGCAGCAAAAAGCAAAAAUUGGAUCCAAUGAAGGAAACAAAGAGUAUUGUUAAUAACCUCAGCAACAGUGAAGAGAAGAGCUACAGUAAUAGUCCUUUGCUGACCCACGGGCAUUCAGGAUCUAAAAGUGUGGUGAACGGAACAAGAUUAAAUGUGCCACAGGAAAUGAAAAGAGGGGGAAAUGUUGAGAAAAUUAUGAACUUAAUGAAUGAAGCAAAGAUGGAGAAAGGCACUUUUGAGGGUAGGAGCUUCCAUGCAGAACAUGUUGGCAGGUCUGCUUCUUCAGAACUUUCCUCUAAGAAAACUGAAGCUGAUUUCAUAUUGCCUACCAACACAACAGUGGACAUGGAAAUAACAAAUGAAGCAGUUGUCACAACUCAGGUAAUCAAAAGUGUGAGAAAAUUAUCUUCUACACCAGAUCUUUUCCCAGUGAGUAAGGUUUCGAAUGCCAACACAACACAAGACCUUGUCCCAGUGAGAAAAGUUCCUGAUGCCAAUACUACACAAGAUCUUUUCCCAGUGAGUAAGGUUCUUGAUGCCAAUACUACCCAAGAUCUUUUUCCAGUGAGUAAGGUUCCAGAUGCCAAUACCACACAAGACCUUGUCCCAGUAAGUAAAGUUCUUGGUGCCAAUACUACACAAGAUCUUGUCUUGGUGUAUAAGGUUCCUGAUGCCAACACUACCCAACUGAUUGAAGCUGUACCUCUAGCCCUUAUCGAUGCAACACAAGACAUUAUUGUUGCACAUGAUGAAGUCCUUGGUGUAAAUGCUACUCAGGAAAUUGAGACUUUGCAGAAAACCUCUGCUAACACAACACAGGACAUUGUGCUUGAAGAGGGUGCUGCAGCCAACAGUACUCAGGUGAUUGAGACCGGCCUCCAAGCUUCUGCCAACACCACACUUGACAUUCUGCAUGAUGAGGUCAUUGUUGCAAACACCACUCAGGUUAUCGAAGCUCCAUAUAAAUCCUCUCCACGGGGAAUUAUAAUUGGCGAGGUAACCACGGGCAACACCACCCAGGUCACUGAUGCCAGAACAAAGGCCUCUGCUAACACCACACAGGAUAUUGUGCUAGAACAUAAUGUUCUUUUCCCACUAAAACCAGCUAUUGCCCAGGUGACUCGUGUUGUGCCAAAAAUGACUUCCUUUAACACCACACAGGAUGUUCUGUCAGACCCUGAAGAUGUUGCUUGCACUCAGAAGGCUGACACUGUACCAAAGAUGAUUUGCAGCAACACCACACAGGAUAUUUUGCUAGAGCCUGAUGAGACCACUGGAGCACAGGCAACCAAUAUUAUGCCAAAGAUUACUUCCAGCAACACCACUCUAGAUAUUGUACUAGAGCCAGAGGUCCUUAUAGCCACUCAGAUAACUGAUGCUGAGGCACAAUUUUCUUCCAGCAACACUACACAAGAGAUUUUGCCUGAGGUCAAUACCGUCAAUGUUUCCAAGUUGCCUAAUACUAUGCUAAAUGUUACUUCCAGCAACACCACAAAUGAUAUUGUGCCAGAACCAGCAGUGUCAAAAAUGUGUUCUGAAACGCUCAUUAAGGAUGCAGAACCAACACAUAAUGAUGCUAUGGCUGUUAGUGGUGCUCAGACAGUGGAGGCUGUUUCCAAGCUUUCUGCCAGCACAACACAGGAAAUAACAAUAGUUGAUGAAAAGGUUAACACUUCCAAUACUACAGUUUGUAACAAUAUGAAGGAUCCAUUGGUCAACUCUGCAGCUGCUACAUCUUCAAAGGCCACUGGAGAGGCACCCGUAAUGUCUCCGAAUGUUUCUUUUUCUCCUAACAAUAGCCCUGUGAGCACGAUUCAAGUUUCUGCAUCUGAACGGUCAGUUAAUAAUAUCAAGAAUAGUGGGGACGCUAUAUUAGUAAAAGACCAGCAGACAUUUGGACCUGUUUGUACUUCUGAUCCCGCACAGGACACUGCAUUACCUGAAGUGGCAAGAGCUGACAGUUUGGGUGUCCUUGAGUCCUCACAAGUCCAAAUGCCAGUAACUGGUGUCACACAGGUAUCCCAAGAAUCCAUUUCAAUGGCUAAUACAUUAACAGAGGGCAAGGAAGAAAGUUCAAACAUGGCAGUAAUGCAUCAGAUUUCUGGAAAAGCAGAGGACAACAAUAAGAGUUGUGAGACAACCAGCUCCUCAUGCCAUGAGAGUGACAAACUGAGUUGCCAUGAACCUACAGGCGACAUGGGAGAGAUGGAGCCAUGUGAAGUGGCCCAGGAAACCGAGGCUACUCACGAUGAGAGCGUCUUUUCUGUUAGCUCACUCUCUUUUGUUACCUCAACACCUCUUCCGGGCUUGAGUAACUUCCAGUUUAAGAAGUCAAGCCAAGAUUCCACGCAGCAUGACCCCAAUUUAUCAGUCUGCUCUGUGGUGGACGAAUCUGCAAACAAAGCAUCUGAGGAGGAAAGGGAGAAAAGCCAUCAGGCGCAAGGUGGGAAGCAUCUAGGAAGAGAAACUACUCAUGUCGCUCAACUCCCACGUAACCCUCAGAGAAGCUUCCUCCCCCAAGCACGGGCAUUGCAAUCUGGAACUGGGAUCCCAUCAUCUGGAAUACCAUCUGCCCGCCGGUCAUUGGCCUUAACAGCUGCCCCUGUGCCUCAGAAACUGACAAAGGAGCAAGUGCUCUCCCAAAUUCCUCCAAGGGGAACUGGAAUUCCAGCCAGAGGAAGUAUUCGACCUCCACUAACACGCAACAGCCUAGUGAGAGCCAGUGUUGGUAAUGCCAAACCGAGUGCUGGAAGUUCAGCUGCAAACACUUCCCAAAACAGAACUAUCGGUAGCCGAUUCCGCACUCCCAGAGCUGCAGCUGCAAAGGCAAGACCAAGUUUAACACAUGCUCAGAUAACAAACAAUGCCUCUGUGAUUAGACCACCCUCCCGACUGAGUGCUCCGAGCAGCGCCCAAGUCCCAAAGGAUGCUACAUGUGCUCCUGCGCUCUCUAUACGCCCAGCUGUUCCAUCUGGAGUUCAGAGUUUUGGCCUUCUCAGACAUGCGCCUUCAUCUGUACGCCCCCCUAUUCCACUGCAGAGAACAGGUUUAGCCAUGAAGAAACCUCAAAGAGAAAUUUCAGUUACAACUAAGAAUGAGACCCAAACGGCACCAAGAAACGCACAGCUGGAGGCUUCCUGUGCCUCAGGUGAACCUGCCAGGCCUCAGGGUAUGGAUAAGCCAAAGGCUACUGUGGCUACAGAUUCAGAAAUUGUAUCUCCAUCUGAAUCUCCAGGAUGCCUGCACCUAGAGACUUGCCCUUGUUGCCAUAUUAAGUACCAAGAACUUCUACAAAAGUUUGAAGAGUUGAGGAAUCGCCUUGGUGAGAAUGUCAGACAAUGAGCCCAGAAGCUGCAGCAGCCAAAGGACUCUGGCAUAAACUGUUUCCAAAACCCUCAUCAGGGGAGUGAACAUAUGGCUUCAUAGAGAGGUGCUUACUUAUACUGUUACAAGCAGGGGUUAAAUAUAUAUUAAAAGGGGAAAUAUAUUUUAAAUCUCUUAUUUAAAAUGAAGAACAAUAAUACAUAUUGCUGCUGCCUUUCCAGUUCUUGCCUUGCACAAUUGCUGUGUUGUGUUUGUAUGUAAAAUUGUUUUAUAUGCUAUUGUAAUAUAUAAUUCUGUGAAUAAUAAACACCAAGCCUUUAUCACUUGCA